AUGGGCAAUUGCUUGUUUGGAGGUUUGGGAGAUGCAGAUGGGGUAGUUCAAGUGACAACAUCAAAUGGUGGGAUAAUGGAAUUUUAUGUGCCAAUCACUGUAGGCUUGAUCACCAAAGAAUUUCCAGGCCAUGGAAUUUUCAGAAGCCAUGAUCUUUUCUGGAAACCACUCUCUCACCAUGAUGAUCUUCUGGCAGGACAAAAUUACUAUCUUCUCCCUCUCAACAGCCAAAGUGGUCGUCACUUGGGCAGCGCCCAGAUUGUGAGGGAAGGCCAUGUUAGGUCAAACAGCAUACCAACUUGUUCACUUGCUGCGCCCUACAGAAUGUCGCUUGAUUACCAUGGAAUGAUGAAGAGGUCUUACACCGAGGCAUUUUCGAAGUACAAUAACGUCAGUUUUUGGAAGGUGAAGCUGGUGAUCAGUCCAGAGCACCUGUUGGAGAUUUUGGCUCAAGAGGGUCAGACUCAGGAAUUGAUUGAGAGUGUCAGGACUGUGGCUAAAUGUGGGAGUGGUGGUUCGGUUUCAGGUUUGGGAUUUUCCGAUCAGUGGAGCCUCUCGAGUAGUAGUAGAAAUGCUUCAUCUAAGAAAGAUGGAAUAUUGCUAGAUAUUUAG